UUCUUUCUAUUUUCUAACGUCGGGUUUUUUGGAUUGACAAUUCCAAAAUAAAACGAGUCAGACCCCGACUUCAUGAUCCGAGUCGGUGACAGUGACCCGAACCCCAGGGCUGAAGGGUUGCCAACAACAGGAGCUCUCAGUUGAACAAGCUCUGACCAUGGAAGAAGACACAGAAGCUGAAGAAAAUUUCCUUCGAGUGAAGCCCCAAGAGUGAUGUUUCUGGUAAUCUCUAUCCCCGACAACGAAUGGGCAGUAAGAUUGUUCUAUCAGGUGUUUCAUCUUGCAUCCAACCGCAGUAAGAUUGUUGGAAUCCGAUUCUAUUGCCAUUCUUCGGACAUAAGAUCCGUAAGGAAAAACUAGAGCUCGGGUCCGGUAACGAUGUCGAUGAAGCUAUCGAACAAAUUUGUUCUAACAGUUAGCCCGUAUAUGUCGCGGUAUCCCUUUUUCCUGAUUCAACUACUUUCAGUACACUGAUCAAUGGGUUGUGCAUUCGUGGGGAAGUUCAUGGAGCUGCUUGACUGUUCAAGCAUAUGGAGCGAGAUGGAUUUGAUCCUGAUGUUAUUGAGUAUAGCAUUGUCGUUAAGGAUUCUUGUAAAAUCGGAGAAGCCAAUGCAGCAGUUAAGAUUCUAAGGACGAUGGAAGAGAGAGGCUCAGUGCUAGAUGUGGUAAUGUAUAGAGCAAUCAUUGAUAAGCUUCUCCUUGGGAAUGUUGGAUUUAGGAAUUCCUUAUGAUGUCUUCACUUAUAAUUCUGUUAUACAUUGCAUGUGGAGUCUCGAUCAAUGGAAGGAGGUGGGUGGCUUGUUAAUGGAGAUGUGUUCUGCAAAGAAGGAAUGUGAAUGGGUUUUGAUGCUGAAGCCACCAUUCAAACGAUGAUCCGACAAGGUCUUCGGCCAAAUCUUUACACGUAUACUACUUUGUGUUGAUGGGUAUGGUUUAUGAGGUGAAAUGGCUGAGGGACCAUUAGGUGUCAGAACAGGUGAUUAGAUCUGGCAUUCAGCCUGAUGUUUUAACGUAAAAUUCCUGGAUUUCAUGGGGACUUCGAGAAUCGUAGAGUGGACGAAACCUCAAAAGUGUAUGAUGAGAUCUCUCACGGGAUGGUGGCUCCUGUUGUCGUUGUUCUCACAAGUCUUCUUUGAUGAGAUAUUCACAAAGAUGGAGGCAUCCGGCCUCGGAGCUAUCUUAAUUUACUUCUGCAGCAUUGUUAAACUGGAAUAUAGUCUCAUAUAAGUGAUAUGUUACUAAAAUGCAAAGCAUAGUUAUUUAACCUGAAUUCUUCCGUUACAAUAUAUGAGUCGACAGCCUGUUUAUGGAGGGGCAACUAGAGGCUGCAAGGGAAUUAUUCAAAAUUCUCUCAGAGAAGGGGAUGCAACUGAUGUCUGUUCAUAUAACUUUGUGCUAAAAGGAUUAUGUGGAGUGGCUAUAUUGACUGUAGCCUGUGAAUUGUUUCACCAGAGGCUUCCACCGUGUCGAUAUAUAUGGCUGAUGGGGCUUGAAUUCAGCUAGCUCCUAUCACAAGAUUAUCCUUGAGAUAAGCGAACUCUUUGUAUUGUGCCAUUAGUGAAAGGAAUAGCUAAUCAUCUGCAGUUGAUGUUCUUUGACCAUUUAAGGCUCAUUCUCCCUGCCUUUUUUCGUGUGUCAAUUCUCGCAUUCCUGUUCAUCCAUCUGUCUCAACAGCUCCUUGGAAAUUUUCCGCCGUACAUCUGCAUUAUCUGAGUCACUUAAACCGAGAUGGAUCAUUCCCUUUCGUCAUCUAGGUAAAUAGGCGAGGAAACAUGUAUAUAGUUUUGACAAGAAUCAUACGAGGUGUUUCUGUUGCUUGUCUUUGUUCAUAAGCUCAAAGGGAUAAGCUGGUGAGCGUGUUGUUGACAUGUCUGAAACAAGCUUUUGGUGGUCGAGCUACAGAGAUCUGUACUAAGGAAAAAGGGUCAAAGCCAGCAAUAUUGGAGGCGAGGAAAAAGAAAAGGGGCCUAGGCAUUCACCAUGGCUUCUGACAUUUCUUGGGAAGAAAUCAAGAGGGAGAAUGUUGAUCUUGAGAAAAUUCCAAUAGAGGAAGUGUUCCAGCAGCUGAAAUGUUCCCGAGAAGGUCUUUCAUCGGAGGAAGGAAGAAAGAGGCUACAGAUAUUUGGGCCAAACAAGCUAGAGGAGAAAACAGAGAACAAAUUUUUGAAGUUCUUAGGGUUUAUGUGGAACCCAUUGUCAUGGGUGAUGGAAGCUGCUGCCAUCAUGGCCAUCGCGUUAGCCAAUGGCGGCGGCAAGCCCCCGGACUGGCAGGACUUUGUAGGAAUCAUUUGUCUUCUGAUCAUCAACUCCACCAUCAGUUUUAUUGAGGAGAACAAUGCCGGUAAUGCAGCCGCAGCUCUUAUGGCAAAUCUUGCUCCGAAAACUAAGGUGUUGAGGGAUGGAAUGUGGGGAGAGCAAGAGGCUGAAAUUCUUGUGCCAGGAGAUUUGGUCAGUAUCAAGUUGGGUGAUAUUAUCCCAGCUGAUGCCCGUCUUCUGGAAGGCGACCCUCUGAAAAUCGAUCAAUCUGCUCUUACGGGUGAAUCCCUUCCAGCGACUAAACACCCGGGCGAUGAGGUUUUCUCUGGCUCCACUUGCAAACAAGGUGAACUCGAGGCUGUUGUGAUCGCCACCGGCGUGCACACUUUCUUUGGCAAGGCAGCUCACCUUGUUGAUAGCACUAAUAAUGUUGGUCAUUUCCAAAAGGUUCUCACAUCAAUUGGUAACUUCUGUAUCUGUUCGAUCGGGGUGGGAAUGCUCAUUGAGAUAAUCGUGAUGUACCCGAUCCAACACAGGAAGUACAGAGAUGGAAUUGACAACCUUCUUGUGCUUCUCAUUGGAGGAAUUCCCAUUGCCAUGCCGACAGUGUUGUCUGUGACGAUGGCUAUUGGAUCCCAUAGGUUGUCCCAACAAGGAGCCAUCACAAAGAGAAUGACCGCCAUUGAAGAAAUGGCUGGUAUGGAUGUUCUAUGCAGUGAUAAAACUGGAACUCUCACUUUGAACAAGCUCACAGUCGACAAGAAUUUGAUUGAGGUGUUCGCGAAGAAUGUGGACAAAGAUACUGUCAUACUACUUUCUGCAAGGGCCUCAAGAACUGAAAAUCAGGAUGCAAUUGAUGCUUCGAUUGUCAACAUGUUGGGCGACCCCAAAGAGGCUAGAGCUGGUAUUAAGGAGGUGCAUUUCUUACCGUUUAACCCUGUGGAUAAGCGAACUGCCAUCACAUACAUCGACAGCAAUGGUGAUUGGCAUAGGUGCAGUAAGGGAGCUCCUGAGCAAAUAAUUGAUCUUUGUGCCCUAAAAGGAGAGGCGAGGAAACGGGCUCACGAGAUCAUCGACAAGUUUGCUGAUCGAGGCCUCCGUUCACUCGGAGUGUCACGUCAAACGGUUCCUGAGAAAGACAAGGAAAGUGAAGGAAGUCCAUGGGAAUUUGUAGGGCUCUUGCCACUCUUUGAUCCACCGAGGCAUGACAGUGCGGAAACCAUCAAAAGAGCCCUUGAUCUCGGUGUCAAUGUUAAGAUGAUCACUGGAGACCAGUUGGCAAUUGGCAAGGAGACUGGUCGGAGGCUCGGGAUGGGAACGAAUAUGUACCCUUCAUCUUCUCUCCUCGAAAGCAAGGAUGACACCACUGGUGGAGUCCCUGUAGAUGAGCUCAUAGAGAAAGCUGAUGGAUUUGCUGGAGUCUUCCCAGAGCACAAGUACGAGAUUGUAAGGAAACUCCAAGAGAGGAAGCAUAUCGUGGGUAUGACCGGGGAUGGUGUCAAUGACGCUCCAGCUCUCAAAAAGGCUGAUAUCGGAAUAGCCGUGGAUGAUGCAACCGAUGCAGCUAGAAGUGCCUCCGACAUUGUCUUGACUGAGCCGGGUCUAAGCGUCAUCGUCAGCGCGGUUCUGACCAGUCGAGCCAUCUUCCAACGUAUGAAGAACUAUACAAUCUAUGCCGUUUCCAUAACGAUACGUAUCGUGUUGGGAUUCUUGCUCGUAGCUCUGAUAUGGAAGUUCGAUUUCUCGCCCUUCAUGGUGCUUAUUAUCGCGAUCCUAAACGAUGGAACCAUCAUGACCAUUUCCAAGGACAGAGUCAAGCCAUCUCCGAUUCCCGACUCUUGGAAGCUGAAGGAGAUUUUUGCUACAGGGGUUGUUCUCGGGACCUACUUGGCUCUCGCAACAGUUCUCUUCUUUUGGCUUGCUCAUGAUACCGAUUUCUUCGCGGAUAAAUUUGGAGUGAGAUCAUUGCAAGGCAAAGAAGAAGAGAUGAUGGCAGCUCUGUAUCUGCAAGUUAGUAUUAUCAGUCAAGCACUUAUCUUUGUCACUCGAUCAAGGAGCUGGUCCUACAUUGAACGUCCCGGCCUUCUGCUUGUCGCUGCUUUCCUCGUCGCACAAUUGAUUGCUACUGUACUCGCUACUUACGCGAACUGGGAAUUUGCAAGGAUUAAAGGAUGUGGAUGGGGAUGGUCUGGGGUCGUCUGGCUUUACAGUUUCGUCACUUACAUUCCUCUCGACGUCCUCAAGUUCAUCAUUCGUUACUCUCUUAGUGGCAAAGCUUGGGACAACAUGAUUGAAAACAGGAUCGCGUUCACGACGAAGAAAGAUUACGGAAAAGGCGAAAGAGAGGCGCAAUGGGCAUUGGCUCAACGUACAUUGCACGGUCUUAAAACAGCGGAAUCCAUGUUCGACGACAAGACAAGCUUCCUCGAGCUGUCUGAAAUCGCCGAACAAGCCAAGAGACGUGCCGAGGUUGCAAGGCUAAGGGAAUUGCACACUCUAAAAGGGCAUGUUGAGUCCGUAGUGAAGCUCAAGGGACUUGACAUUGACAACAUUAACCAACACUACACAGUCUAA